UGUGUCCUUUGUUGGGUCUCACUGAAGAUCAGAUUCUGCAAAUCAUCCUAGGAUGUCCUUCAGUGAGCAGCAGUGCAAGCAGCCAUGUGUGCCCCCUCCAUGUCUUCAAAACAGCCAAGAGCAGUGCCCAGCAAAGGCUGAGGAGGUGUGCCUCCCCUCAUGCCAGGACCCCUGCCAAGAGCAGUGCCCAGCACCAGCUCAGGAGGUGUGCCUUCCUCAGGGAGACUGCCCACAGCAAAGCCAAGAUCCAUGCCUACCUCUGUGCCAAGACCAGUGCCCACCUCAGCGUGUAGAGCCUUGCCAGGAGCCAUGCCAGACAAAACGCAUGGAGGUCUGCCCACAGGAAGUCCAGCAGAAGUGCUCACCACCUGGCAAGGGGAAGUAGCUGCUCACACACCAUCUGGGGUCAAGAAGACAGCUGUCAGACGACACGCCGACCCCAGUCCAACCCUGUUGGCCUCCCUCUGUGGGUGCUGUCAGAUGACACCCCGACCCCAGCCUAGCCCUGUUGGCCUCCCUCUGUGGGUGCCGUCAGAUGAAACCCCAACCCCAGCCCAGCCCUGUUGGCCUCCCUCUGCAGGCACCUCUGUUUGCAAUGCACCUUCUUGCCUCCUGGCUUCCUCUGUAUUCCAGGACUUGGUCUGUGUCUCUGAAGACAGUUCUCUCUGUAUUUCAACGACCUCUGUGAAUAAGAUUUUUCUCAACAGUCUGAUGGAAGAUCUCAAAUGUAGGGAUUGUGUGAUUAUCAGGGGAGACCAAAGGAGCUUAGCACAGCUCCCUCGGGACAAAAAUUCACCCAGCCCUAGGUAUGUGACAGCCAAGGGUGCCUUCAUUCAUCUCUCAAGAGUGUCAAACUCUCAUUCGAGCCUCAAAACAGACUGAAUUUUGGUGGACUUUCCUUUUAUUAUCCCACCACCACAAGUGUUUAGUGGUGUUGCAAAAGUCAAAAAUUGAGCGAUUUCAUCUCUGCAUCCUAGAAAACAACAGCAAAUAGCCAUUGAAAUGUUGAUUGUGCCUUUAAAAAACAAACCAAAAAUAUGUAAAAUAUUGGUAAAUAAGGAAAGACGGGACGGGUGUUUGUGGUUCUUGUCCAUCUCUGUGCUUCAUAGCUGGCCUCUGAGGGCCGUGUUCUCAGCACAUGCACUCUUCAGAGGCGCAGUUUGUGUCUGUGUAAUGCAGCUGGUCUGUUCUCCAGUUUUCAUGCCUUCUUCUCCCUCGUGAAGAUAAAACAUAUAAUAAAGCUGAUCCUAGGCCAAUCUCUGACUCAAUGGGUGCUCUUUUCUCCCCUCCAUCAAAUCACCUUCUGUCCUUGUGAUAAUGGUCUUCUCCUUUGGUCAGGAGGUUCUAGAGCAGGAACGAAAAACAGACCUCACAAGUGCGUAGGACGGUAGUAGUGAGAGGGGCCCCUUAAGGUCACCUGGACCACCCCACCCACAACAUCUCAUAGGUUCACCUGUUCACAGCACUUGACA